AUGCCGUCCGCACCAGCACACCGCCUGUACCAGCAUCACGUACCGUCCAUGAUGUCGGUAUUUGACCUGGGCCCUGAUGCGAUGGCCGAUGGGGAUACUGUUACUCUGAUUGAUCCCAAAAUCGUGGUGGUGGACUCGAACUGUCCUGACUUGCCGGAUCCCUGCCAAGCAGCUCCAUCUGAGCCAGCAUCUCUGGAUUCCGAUCAGGCUCAUAGCCAUCAGGACAGCUCAUCAACCCACAUGUCAGAGUCGACCGAUUCGUCUCCGACAACCACUCUGUACACUACGGAUUCAUCGCCUCUUUCAGACCCUUCAUCUUCAUCGCUACCAGAUUCACCCGUCAAUCUGAUUCCUCUCAACAACUACCCCUCCACAACAUUUGGCGACCCGCAAUCCACCACCAAGACCGAUAUGCUCGGCAUCCCCCAACCUCGAGCAUUGGCCCGCCCAAUGACAUCACCUUCUCCCCGAAGACCAAGAAAUAUGAAGGGCCUGUCUAUACAGCCGCCGUUGACCGUCACAGCUACUUCAAAGCAUAACGGGACAGAACCCUCGUCACCCUCGUUCAUCAAACCGACAAUUCCAGCCAUGAAGAGAAAGCCCAGUCAGCUUAGCUUGAAGACGAACCCUUCCGAUUUGAUCAAAAAGACUGCGCUGGAGAUGCCGGCAUCUCCAGCAAUGGCACCUAUCAUGCAGCGUCGCGCUCUCAAACACUCCAGUUCCUCCCCUCACAUGUUUGCCUCCUUGAACACAUCUUCCUUUGGCCCUCCAGGAGGAAUGACAUUUCCAAAAGUUUUGGAACGGAACGAGUCGGGUCUAUCCGAGGUUUUGCGUCCCAUGAAGCCAAAGCCAAUCAUGGAAUCGGAAGAUUGCAUUGCGGAAGAGGACUCACCCAUUCGGACGCAGCUGGCGAAUCGCAGCGAGUAUGAACCAUUGCACGAAAGUGUGAACAACGAGGACCAGAAAUCGCCGGGCUACCCCGAUGGUCCCAUUGCCAUGUAUGGCGACAACAUUUACCUUUACUUGGAACCUACGGCCGAGGAAGCCUCGAGCUUCGACGUUGUCAUUAAUGUCGCUCGGGAAGUUGGAAAUCCGUUCGACCCGGUAGGGAAACCGGCCUCUUCAUUGGUUUCCGCGCCAGACAGUCCCGUACCUGGUACGGCUGUGACCAGCGCAAGUUUCUCGACAGCGUUCGAAUACCAACCCAGGGAGGACCCGCCCCUCGAAACACCAACUACGCCCAAGGCGCAGCCUCGACCGGUUCCAGAGUAUAUUCAUGUCCCUUGGGACCACAGCACGGAUAUUGCGCCGGAUCUCAUGCAGUUGUGCGAAACCAUUGAGAGUCGGGUCAAGAACGGCAAGAAAGUCUUGGUACAUUGUCAGCAGGGGGCAAGCCGCUCGGCAAGUCUGAUCAUCGCCUACGGGCUGUACCAGUCUCCCGAGCUAAGCGUGAACGACGCCUACUACGCCGCGCAAGCCAGAAGUCGUUGGAUUAGCCCGAACAUGAAGCUUAUGUAUUCUCUGCAGGAUUUCCACAAGGACCUGGCCAAGAAGCGACAAUCAGCGUCUUCAACGCAAAGACCGCGAAUCGGUCGAAGCCCAACUAAGCAUCGACAUGCGCUUUCUGCCGAUGCGAUCGACAUGGCCCCACAAGAACCCCAAACUGCUCCUCUGCCAGGCCAUGACGGUCUUUCGAGCGAGAUGGACUUGGACAGUGAAACUGGCCCGGGGAAGGGCUCCGCGCCUGGACUCCCGGUCAUUUCCCCCGGGCCUGCCUCAGCCCCCUUGAGCUACUCGUGGAAAGAAGAUGAUGAGGCAGCAGCAGCAGCAGCAGCAGCAUCAUCAUCAUCAUCAUCGUCGGCAUACCCUGCAGCGCAAAGCUCGUCAUUACUUCCAUCAUCAUCCUCUGAACGCGUUACUUGGUGGCCGGAUUCUCAGCCGCCGCCUCUAGCAAAGUUGCCGAGGAUUGCAAGCCCAGAAGACCUUCCUCGACGACCCAAGACUGGAUUUUCCAGGUUGCAAUUUGAUUUGCGAGGAGGCUCGAAUCAAGGAUGGCCAAGUUUGGGCUUGCGAGCCUGUGAGACACCGGCUGCGUUGCCUGAUUUUCAGUUACCAAACCCCGUGAAACUGGCACCAGAGCAACGGCAAAACGAUGGUUUUCCAAAACAAUCCGUCACCAUCGGCUCCCCGUACCCGGAAGACUCGGCAUUGCUCUCGCCGCGCGUGGAGACGAUGACGAACAAUCCUCUCCACACCGUACCCAAAGUCUCAGGCCUGAGGUUUAUUAAUUCACCGCCAACGCCGACAGAAGAACCCUUCUCACCGCGAGAAGCAGCUUUUUCUCCGGACCCAUUUUCCUUCUUUGGUCGCAUGAUGGGGUUCGGGCGACCCUCUCAAGUCGCUGAUCCUCGCAGCCCGCCGACCAAGGGAGAAGUGCCGAUAGCUCGCUCGAUUGACGAACUGCUGUAUUGA